AAAUUAUAGCAUGCCAAGAUCAACUCUCUAAACUUGCCAGACAGGUGUGUGACUCAGACAAAAUAUUCCAGGAAGUUGACUGAUGGCCUUUCUCAUGUUUAAUUAUUGGUCUGUAUAUGUGGAGACAUUCCUUCUGACAGGAGCCCUUUUUGGGAGACAGAACACAAUGAAAGUCAGGAUGGCAUUACCUAAGGCAGUGGGAUACAUUGUUGUUCUUCUGGUUAUAUACUAUAAUCAGGGAUACACACAGUCUCUGAAUGUAUCCCUUGAGGAACUGAUGGGUACAAAAACAUCACAUGCCAGAGAAAAGAGAGCGGCACUCCUUAAUUCCUCCGAUUAUGUACUCCAAGCUGUUAUAAACAUCUCUGACCUGGAGCGUCUCCAGAUGCUUUUGGACACACUCAGCUUUCCUUUACUGAUCAACAGCACUGCUGAAAUUACCAGCAUUGACACCACAACAGUGUGUUCAUCAAAUAUGGGUGAAUACCAGUGCAGGUGUGAGCAGGGCUUUGCUUGGUCAUACAACAACUGCAUAAGCGGAGCCUGCGAUGCCAUCAUUAAUGACACAUGUGGAUGCAUUACUGGCCUUCCAGCUGAUGAUCAGUACUGCCAGCUGAACACCAGUCAAACAGAGCCAGUGGAAAUUGACAUUGUCCUUGACUUGCGCAUCCCACCCGUCAUUGUGUCACAAAACCUGAUUAGUGUAUUCAGGGAAGGUCUGAAAGAGUUCCGACUACCCUACACCAUCACUCAGUUCUUAAAAGUAAUAGACAUAAAUUUCACUACAGCGUGCUACCCAAACUCCACUGGAGGACUGCAGUGUCAGUGUGAGGAGCAGUUUGCUUGGUCAUGUGACAAGUGUAACAUCUACGGUGCAUGCAGCAAUGCCACCGAACAAACCUGUGGGUGCAUAAAUGGACUUCCUUCUGAUGGAGAAUUCUGUGAACCAAUCACAGAUAUCUCUCAGUGUACGACCCCAACUCCUGAGCUAACACCAUCACCUUCACCACCAAACGAGCCAAUGGAAAUUGACAUUGUCCUUGACUUGCGCAUCCUAGCCGUCAAUGUGUCACAAAACCUCAUUAGCAUAAUCAAGGAAGGUCUGAAAGAGUUCCCACUACCCUACACCAUCACUCAGUUCUUAAAAGUAAUAGACAUAAAUUUCACUACAGCGUGCUACCCAAACUCCACUGGAGGACUGCAGUGUCAGUGUGAGGAGCAGUUUGCUUGGUCAUGUGACAAGUGUAACAUCUACGGUGCAUGCAGCAAUGCCACCGAACAAACCUGUGGGUGCAUAAAUGGACUUCCUUCUCAUGGAGAAUUCUGUGAACCAAUCACAGAUAUCUCUCAGUGUACGACCCCAACUCCUGAGCUAACACCAUCACCUUCACCACCAAACGAGCCAGUGGAAAUUGACAUUGUCCUUGACUUGCGCAUCCCAGCCGUCAAUGUGUCACAAAACCUCAUUAGCAUAAUCAAGGAAGGUCUGAAAGAGUUCCCACUACCCUACACCAUCACUCAGUUCUUAAAAGUAAUAGACAUAAAUUUCACUACAGUGUGCUACCCAAACUCCACUGGAGGACUGCAGUGUCAGUGUGAGGAGCAGUUUGCUUGGUCAUGUGACAAGUGUAACAUCUACGGUGCAUGCAGCAAUGCCACCGAACAAACCUGUGGGUGCAUAAAUGGACUUCCUUCUGAUGGAGAAUUCUGUGAACCAAUCACAAAUAUCUCUCAGUGUACGACCCCUCCUGGAACGACAACACCACCAACGAUAACAACAGCAAAUACAACACUAAUGACAACAACGACAAAUGCAGCAAUGCCAAAUACAACACAAAUGACAACAAUGCUAAAUACGACACCAAUGAUAACAACACCAAAUACAACACAAAUGACAACAAUGCUAAAUACGACACCAAUGAUAACUACACCAAAAACAACACUAAUGACAACAACACCAAUGACAACAAUGCUUAAUACGACACCAAUCAUAACAACACCAAAUACAACACUAAUGACAACAACGCUAAAUACAACUACACCAAUGACAACAAUACCAAAUACAACACUAAUGACAACAACGCUAAAUACAACUACACCAAUGACAACAAUACCAAAUACAACACUAAUGACAACAACACCAAAAGCAACACCAAUGACGACAACGCCAAAAGCAACACCAAUGACGACAACGCCAAAUACAAUAACACCAGUGACAACAACGCCAAAUUCAACACCCAGUGUGAGGAACUUAAAACUCACCAUGAAUCUGGAAUAUAAGGAGUCAUUCAAUGACAUCACCAGCGACGUUUUCAAACAAACAAAUAAGGCUAUUCAAGAACAAUGUAGUGAACACAUCACAGCCAGCCACACAGCAACAUUAAUUAGGUUCCGGAGCGGAAGCACCAUCGCCGACUAUACUAUAAGAGCAACUUCUCUUCCAGAGGCCGAAAUUAAAGCGGUACAAACAGGGAUAUUUUCUCAGCUGGCAGAUAUAUACCCUAUGAUAUUUGACAGCUCAGAACCUUUAAAGCUUGAUCCAGCUGAAGGAUUUUUUGGGAGUAAGGUGACUGUGAAAUGUGGCCCUCCACCAAACAAUCUCAAUUUUGUUCCCAACGUGGUAGCAGUGUGGACACGAGACAGCCAGAAAAUAGUCAACGAUGGGGAACACAGCAUUUCAGAAACAAAUGGAAUAUCUGUUUUAACAGUGUCAAGAUUUUUUAUCACUAACAAUGGGAAUUAUGAAUGUACGCUGAAAAACAGCAGUGUGGGAACCACAUCAGUUUUCAGACAGCGCACAACAAUCAGUCAAACAAGGCCCUUAAUCCAAGUGAAACCACUCAAAAAAGCAGUUGAUUGUAAGACUGUAAAGGAAGUGCAACUGGAGUGCUCUGUCAACCGUGCCUUUACAGUUGAGUUUAUUGGCAUACAAGGUUGUAAUUCUGCAGGUAAUAAGAUCACCUGUCAGUAUCCAAUCACAAACACAUGUGAAGAAGAAGAAAAAACCUUUUCUUGUCAACUCAAGAACAAUCCGAUAGUUAAAAAAACUGUAACACUGGUGUUAACCACAGAGCGUUUUGUAUGUUUGAACGAUUCUGUCUUUGGUGAUGGACUUCUUAAUGAAAAAGCUGAGGUUGGCUGUGAAGAGGGGAAGGAGGGGAAAGAAACAGCAGUGUGUAGGUCUACUGGUAAUUGGGAAGAUCGACAAGACUUAUGUGUUCUACAAGCGGUUCAGGAGCUGCUCGAUCAGUCUCAGUUCUUAAAUAAUAAUACACUGCCACAAUUCUUGGAAGAACUCAGCAAUGUCACUGUCAGCUUAAGUGAACAAGUGGUUGAAUCUCCUGCAACAAUUACUGCCAUUGUUCAAAUACUCAACAAUGUAGCCAAUGCAUCAACAUCCCAGAAUAUCCCAAUAACUGAAACUUCAAUGGAGGCUGUCCUAAAUACUACAGGAGUCCUCACCACAGAUGGGUCAAAGAAUUCAUGGACAUUUAUAAACUCAAAUGACACCAAAACUGUCCCAGGAACAAGGAGUAACAUAUCUGAAACUGAAAGUGUCAGUUCGACAUUACUGCAGUCUCUUGAGACAAUAACACGUCGCCUUACCAAUGAUUCUUUUAACAUUGACACACCUUUUAUUCUCUUGAACAAAACUACAUUCACAGACACUUUCAAUUCUGAAAUAAAUUCUUCAGUAGAGAUAGAGAUACCAGAGUCUGAUGGAGAAACAAAUACAGUCACUGUUAUAACGUUUGCUUCAAUGGAUAACGUACUCCCUGCAAGAGACAAAGAAAAUUCAACGUUCAACGUCAUCAACGGGAGAGUCGUACUUGUUCAGUCCAGUGGUGCUGUCAAUAAUGUUUCGUUCACAUUUGAGAUUAUAAACGAUACUCUUGGGAACCCUCAGUGUGUUUUCUGGAACUUCAGCCUCUUCGAUGGUCUGGGGGGCUGGGACGACGAGGGAUGUGAGUUGGUAAACAACGGAAACGGAAACGUCACCUGCAACUGCAACCACCUGACUUCGUUCUCUAUCCUAAUGUCACCCUACAGUCCAGAUGACCUUGCAUUGGAUGUUAUAACCUACGUUGGAGUUGGCAUAUCCAUGGCUUCUUUGGUCAUAUGCCUCAUUAUUGAAGCUGUCAUAUGGAGAAAAAUAAGAAAGAACGCCACAUCUUACCUGCGUCAUGUUUCCAUUGUUAAUAUCGCUGUGUCUCUCCUCAUUGCAAACAUUUGGUUUAUUAUCGGGGCAGCCAUUUCCGAUGCAGAGGAUCAAAAUCUACCAGCAUGCUCUGCGGCUACAUUUUUUAUCCAUUUUUUCUACCUAGCCCUGUUCUUCUGGAUGUUAGCCUCAGCUCUGCUGUUGUUCUACCGCACAGUCAGUGUCUUCGACGGGGGUUUGUCUAAAAGAUCUAUGUUGGCUAUUGGAUUCUCACUAGGCUACGGGGCACCGCUCAUAAUUGCGAUCAUAACAGUAGCUAUAACUCAACCCCAAAAUACAUACAUCAGAAAAGCUGGAGUCUGCUGGCUCAACUGGGAUGAAUCCAGGGCUCUACUGGCAUUUGUGAUACCAGCGCUAUCAAUUGUGGCAAUAAACCUUGUAAUCCUGCUUGUUGUGAUGUACAAAAUGUUGAAGAGAAGGGUAGUGGGAGAUGCUGCACAAGCAGCUGAGAGGCACGUUCUUGUGGUUAUUGCUCGGAGUUUGGCUGUCCUCACACCAUUUUUUGGAAUAACUUGGGGUCUGGGAGUUGGAACCAUGACAGAUCCAUACAAUAGAGGAAUCCAUAUUUCAUUUGCGUUCUUCAAUUCACUGCAGGGUUUCUUCAUAUUGGUGUUUGGGACGCUGCUGGACAAAAAGGUGCGGUCAGAAAUAACAAUAAAGACACAGACUUCCAGUGGAACAAGGACCACCAGUGCUGCAACGUCAUCAUCAAGUGGAUUGGGCUUUUUCCGGAACUGGAGAAGAGGAAGAGAUGGUUACAAUAUCUCAUCCAGUGCCUCUGGAGCAUCUCGCUCCUUCACCGACACAUGAUGGUCUGCAGACAGCUCUGGGCAGUUGGAAAAACAACCAACCAAGCAAACCAGAUGUUGUUUUUUCUUUUUUCAUCGCAGCUAUAAUGUGUGAAGGUUGGAUUUGAAGUGUAAGAUAACAAUCAUGAAUAGGCUUUAUAUUUGGGAAGAAGAACAAAGUAUUAAUACAAUCAUAUGUUGAAAGUUGUAUUUUGUCAAAACCCUUCUCACAACAACAUUAUGUAAUAUACACCAGCAAAAGUGUUUAUUAGUAUUACAUAAUGUAUGUUGGAUGUAUAGAAUUAAUUGGAUUGUAGUAGUAAUUGCUUUUGCAGUGACUAAGUUACACUUUUCAUCGUGUGUGUGUUUGUGUGUGUGUGUGUGUGUGUGUGUGUGUGUGUGUGUGUGUGCGUGCGUGCGUGCGUGCGUGCGUGCGUGCGUGCGUGUGUGUGUGCAGGAAGUCACACACAGUAUGUUUAGAGGUUGCACUUAGGUUUUCCCUCAGACAAAACAAAAGAAAUGUUUGUGUUAGACAUUCAUCACAUCAUUUUCAGGAAACAAAAUGUCCACAGUCGUAAAGUAGAUGCAAAAUGGCUCUUGGUUUUUCUUUGCUUUGCCAAUCAAAUCAGUAAGCCAAGGCUGGGCUCACACAGAUCAGUGAACUUGUUUACUCAAGGAGUGGCAUCACAAUGACAAAAUGACAUGGCUAGCACCGUCAGUCAAAUAGAAUUCCAAACAUGUAAUGGAGCUACUCAGAGAAAAUAUAAAAAGCUUUUUUUUUUAAUGUGGAGCCCCUGUUGAUAUUUUAGCAACAUUAAGAAAUCUCUCAGAAUCACACAGACAGCCACUUUCCACUCUUACGAUCCCAGGUGUCAUCAUAGCUCUGUCACACUGUGUGUAAUGUUCAACCGUACACUAUGUGUGUUUGUGUAUGUGUGUGUGUAUACAGCAAAUGCUGCUUGAUAUUCAGUGUCUAUUUUGUGCUUUAGUCCUGUGUAACAUAGCAGAAGUCAGGUUUUUAAAGCUGUAGUGUGUGAUAUGGAUGUUAAAGUCACAUAACUAAACCACCUUGACCCACAGAAUUUAAGGUUAUGUACUAAAAUAUAAAAUCUGUUGUUCCUCCAUUUUAAUAAGUGAUGUUUAAUAAUGAUCAGCAUCAUGUUUUGUCAUGAUGCAGUCUUAUUUUCUGGCCUUUGUUUUGUUGGCAACGUUGUGUUUGCAGUUUAAGAGCAGAUAGUUUAGGUUUUCUGUAUGUGUCGGGUUGAUGUAAUUGUUUAUGCUACCUGAGCCUGGACCACUGUUUAUAUACAUUUUAUGCUGUGGGUUAAUAACAAGUCCAGAGUCUUAACAUUUAGGAUGAUCUAUUGGCAGAAACGGAAUCUAAUAAUUUUAUGUUUUCAUUAGUGUAUUGGGGGGCAAGGCUGUUGGAAUCUGUAACUACACCUAAGAACACAACUAAAUCCUACACACAGGUCCUCGAAGACGAUCGCUGACUUAGCAGAAGGGAUGAUAUUGGUUCAGGAACAAAAAAAUGUGUGACAUAAGCAUUUUAGGCAUUCAUACUCUGGUGCCUGUGACAGUGUUGUAUGAUUCAGCUGAUAGCAACUGGUCACCUGGAUUUGGAGGAAGAUUUCCAGACAAACAAAGCUAGGUUAUUAAACAGUGUCAAUGUACUAAGUUUACGUCAUAUUUAACUUUGAAAUAACAGGCUCAAAAAGUACUGUGUGCUUUGCUGAGUCUUGGAAUAGAACCUUUUUACUGACCUUGUUUUUGAUUUUGCUUGACUUAAACUUGUCUGUGUCCAGUCUUGAGUGAUUCAGGUGACAGCCCUGUCAGUAUGUAUUUGCAGUGGGGCAGGGCAAUAAUAUUGCUUCAUUUUAUAAAUGAGCACUGCAUAUAAUCUUCCAAAAUUACUUAUCUAAGGUUUUCUUUAAGACGUGUGAAUAGAUUUAUUUCUGGUAAUGCAUAACAGUGGAACACAGAUUCAGAUAAAUUUUGAUCAUUUUAUGAAAUGAUGAAAAUAUAUCUAUAUAAAUAUUGUGAUUUACGUAAA